AUGACAGACAAUAGAAGCCUUGAGAAGGAUGAUCUCCAUGAUUUCAAAUCCUCAAAUACAGCUUCUGUAACUCUCGCAUCUUCACUAUCAGAUCAUGAAAACCACUACCCUCCGCUCUCGCAUGCUCCUUCUAUCACAUCUCUAUCAUCCGAUUCGAUCAACAGUGAUCCUCUUGCUCCUCUCGAACACGCUCUCACACCGAAUCUUGAAACGGUUGCCGAACAGCUUGCACAUGCUCAAUUAAGUUACACGAGGACUGGUACUUCAUACGCGACUAAUGGGUCACGAAACCCAUCAUUCGAAGUUGAUUUCGAAGACAACGAUCCUGACGAUCCAAGGAAUUGGCCUUUGUGGUAUCGAUCUUAUACAACUUUUGCCGUGAGUUUUGCGACAUGGUCGACGGUUUUGUAUAGUUCGUCCUAUACAUCCAGUAUGCCAGGAAUGAUGAAAGAAUUCUCCGUCACAAGUGAACCAUUAGCGACAUUGGGUGUGACGACAUUUUUACUGGGGUUAGCGACUGGUAGUUUGGUUCUUGCACCAUUGAGUGAGAUUUGGGGUAGGCGACCAGUUUAUAUUGGAUCUUUGGCCUUCUUCUCUUUGAUGGUUCUACCCUGUGCUUUAUCAACUUCAUUAGGGGAAGUGUUGGGUGUUAGGUUUGUUGGUGCGCUUGCAGGUGCUGCUAUGAUAUCAAACUCUCCUGGAACAGUUGCAGAUAUCACAACUGACCAAUACCGUGCAUUGGUCUUUAGUAUCUGGAGCAUUGGCCCAAUGAAUGGUCCAGUAACGGGCCCCCUUAUUGGUGGUUUUGCUGCAGAAUACUUAGGGUGGAGAUGGACAAAUUGGAUUGUGAUGAUACUUUCCGGAUGCGCUUGGAUAGCUUGUGGAUUUGUCAAGGAGACUUAUGCACCAGUCAUUUUAAUCAAGAAAGCAGCAAAAAUGCGAAAAGAAACGGGCGAUGAGCGAUAUUGGUGUCGAUACGAUCAAAAGAAGAGCUUCUUUGAGAUCCUAAAGAUUAAUCUUUCUCGACCUUUUGUCCUAAGUUUCACCGAGCCAAUUCUUUGGUUUUGGAAUACGUAUAUUGCUAUCAUCUAUGGUAUCCUUUAUCUUUGUUUUGUCGCAUACCCAAUUAUUUUCACAGACAUGCGUGGAUGGAGUCUUGGACAGACCGGUCUUGCUUUCUUAGGAAUCGGAUUAGGAACUAUGCUCGGAAUCAUUGCUGAACCACUCAUCCGCAAAAUGAUCAACUCACACAAGAAAGAUCCUGAGACCGGAAAAGUCCCACCCGAAGCUUCGGUCAGCAUUAUUUGUAUAGCAGCUGUUUUGUGUCCCAUUGGUCAAAUCUGGUUUUCUUGGACUUGCGUUCCCAUCACCAUUCAUUGGAUAUGGCCUAUUCUCGCCGGAAUUCCUUUUGGGGCAGGAAAUACCCUAGUGUUUAUCUACGGAACAAACUAUCUCGCCGGCUCAUACGGUAUCUAUUCGGCAUCGGCAUUGGCGGGAAAUAGUGUGGUCAGAUCAAUUGUUGGGGGUACAUUACCAUUGGCUGGACCGGCGAUGUAUGGCGCGCUCAACCCGCAAUGGGCCGGAACUCUUCUGGGAUUGGUGCAGGUCAUACUUAUUCCAAUUCCUUUCAUUUUCUAUAAAUGGGGAUCCAAGAUUAGAGCGAAGAGUCCGUUGAUUAAGCAGAUGAGGGAGGAACAGGAGAGAAAUGAUAAGAGAGCUGCUAGGGCGAAGAGAAAGGAGGAAAAGAAAAUGGCGAUGGAUACAGAAAAUGCAGGAGUGAUGAGGGCAAGUGAGAAAGACAUGGAAAAGAGGAAUGAGGUUGUGACUGGGAUGGAAGACAAGGCGUGA